AUGACCUAUUUUAAUCUCGGAGAUAAAGCUCUACCCCAACCUCUCCAACAACGUAUAGAAGAGGCAGACGGGGAAGUUUGUGACAAUCUUUAUUUCUUGGGCAAGAAGGUGCCUGUUACUGCUCCGCCAGGCGUGGAUGUUUUGAUUACCUACGACUGGCCUAAACAGGUUACCGAUCUCUCCAGUACUGACUUGACAUCAAUAGAAAUAAACGAAGACGAAAAAUCAUCAGUUCAUAUUGCUGAGGUAGCUGCUGCUUUGAAACCUCGUUAUCAUUUUGCGGCAUCGCAGAAGAAGUUUUACGAACGACAACCUUAUAGGAAUAUCGUAAGUGGAUUGGCGGGUAAAGAAGAAAGAAUAGCGUCCCACGUUACAAGAUUUAUUGGCUUAAGCGAUGUGCUGAAUAAUGAAAAGCAGAGGUGGUUUUAUGCAUUCAAUCUAAUUCCUUUAGCGAAGGCAACGAAAGAUGUGAUAGAAGCGGUUCCUGAAAAUACCACUGAAUGUCCAUUUAUUACAUUGCUCAACCAACACGGCUCGAAUAAGCGUAAAACGAUGAUGGAUCCAGAAAGCAACAAUGGAGGGUUUUUCUGGGGUGAACAAGUCGCGGAUACAACGAAACGGGCGAAAUUGAACAGCAACAUGCCCAAACCCGGUUACAUUUGCAGAAUAUGUAAUACUCCAGGCCAUUACAUUCAGGAUUGCCCACAGAAAACAAGCACUCCUGCUAAACACACAGCAACCCCACCUGAAGGUUAUGUUUGUCGCAUCUGCCACCAGCCAGGUCAUUAUAUCAAAGAUUGUCCACAGAAAGAAGAAAGACCGCCACGACCCAGCAAUGAGCCAUUGGAUUUGAGUACAUGCUGGUUCUGUUUGAGUAAUCCAAAAGUUGAAAAGCAUUUGAUUGUAUCCAUUGGUUCUGAAGCCUACGUUACCUUAGCUAAAGGCCCAGUUGUUCCUCCCAAUCAUUCUGAAUGUACAGUACCAGGGUUAGGCCAUGCUUUGAUCAUACCUAUCACCCACUAUUCUCGACUAAAUCAAAUACCACCUAAUGAGAAAUUGAACGUGCUGACAGAGAUAGAGAAAUACAAAACGGCUUUAAAGCAACUGUAUGAUAAAUAUGACCAAGAUAUAGUAUCUUUCGAAGUUUCUCGUGAUACAGGCAGGAAUUUGACCCAUGCACAUAUUCAAAUUGUGCCAAUCCCUAAAGCCAAAAGUGAUCAAGUCGAGGUUAUAGCAAGAGAAAAGGCCGUGGAAGCUAAUAUGGUUUUUGAGAAGGAUGUUCCUCAAAACCCUGACAUCCCUUACUUCAAAAUGGAUUUGCCUAACGGGACUUCUUUGGUGUAUCUCAUCAAACCGAAAGAACGCUUCAAUCUACAAUUCGGCAGAUUGGUUGUUGCUAAUGUAUUAGGCGCGCCCAACCGCGAAGAUUGGAAGGUCUGCAGUCAAAAUGAUGAAGAAGAAAAGCAAUGUGCUGAAGCCUUCAGAAAAGCCUUCCAACCCUUUGACAUAAAUGAGGAUUAA